AUGAAGCUGUCGUCGUUCCUUGCACCUUUGGCGCUCGCUGCCAGUGUCGCGGCCCUCGCGACCCCCAAGCGUACUGAUUGCCAGCAAGGCUGCCUGUCCCAGGCACAGGCUGAGUCGAUUGUCAGCCAGUACAUCUCAAUCCUUGAACACUCAGACAUUGCUGCGGCCAAUGCCACUGCCCUAGCACUUCUCGAUCCAGCCUAUACCGAGACAAGCGACUCGAUUCUGUCGCUCGAGGGACAGCCGCUCGGUACUGUGACCUUCCAGGGCAGAGAAGGGUAUAUCGAGGGAGUGUUGAACGCACCUCCUGUGGAAGGCAUUACCACGAUUGAGAUCCUCGUGGCUGGCUGCACCAAGAUCCUAUGGUACUGGAACUUCCUCGGCAUCGGCACGGCUGAAUACGAAGUCAAGGGUUUCAACCUCUUCACCAUCACACCUUCGCUCCAGAUAUCCGCCGUCGACCUGGAGUUCAACAGCAUUGCUUGGGGUCUGAAUACUGGGUACCAGGUCAUUCCCCCUGCCGACGGCGGAGCUCCUACCCGCCGAUGA